AUCCUUCCUUGUCCUGCUGGUCUCAGUGACACUGCCGUUUUCAUGAGCAUCCUACGCCCCGCCACCCCGGGUUUUUUGGUCACCCUCGUAGCCACCAUUCUCCUGGCGAUCGUUUCCUUCUCCGUGCCAUAUUUCAAGUCCAUUUUCUUCCUCAAAGCGUCGCUCGCAGACCAGGGAAUCAAUGGCUCAGUCACUUUUGGCACCUUAGGCUAUUGUCUCGAGCUCCCUAAUGGAACGACGUGCUCAAAACCUCACGUCGGCUACGAACUUGAUAUCAAUGCUUUGGUGGGCAACGAAUCCUCAAUACAGAUACCGCAAGUGGUUGUCAAGUGGAUAACCUACGCCCUUGUACUCCACAUCGUUGGGCUCAUCCUCGCUGCAAUAUCCGCCUUCUUCGGUCUCCUCGCCCAUGUCCGUGAAUUCUCUAUGACCUGCUUCAGUACUUGCAUUUCCGGCUUUGCCGCCGUCGUCACCUUCGUUGCCUUUAUCUUUGACAUUGCCCUCUUCUUCAUCGCCAAGUCGCGUAUCGACUCGGUACAGGGAGGAUCAGCCAUCACAGGGACCGCGAUAUGGAUGACGCUCGCGGCAUGGUUACUGCUCUUCUUCGCGAGCUGUUUCUUCGGUUUCGGACGAUGCUGUAUCCGGAGACGGCCUCGCGAUUUGGAGAAGCGCAAGACUAGCGUCGACAAUGGAUAUGCAGAGCAGAUGCGGCUGGAUGCCAUCAAAGCUGAAGCGGACAGGAAAGCCAGGCAGCAGAGGCAAGAAGUCGGUCUUCCCGCCUUCCAGGAGCAUGAUCAGACGAAACCUCUUACUGCGAAUUCUGAGGAGUUCAUCGACGACGGUGAUCAGAUCCUUCCCUACCGUCCUAACCAGCAGAGCCCGCCAGCCGGUGAUGCUGGCGUUGGUGCUGGCAUGGCGGCCUAUAAUAGGACUGGUGCUUCGCCGCCGGCAAGGCAGCACACUGGUGGAUAUUCUCAAGCACCUCCAGGCAGCCGCGCUAUGGACGACUACUACAACGCGCCGCCAAGCCAGCCCAAUGCUUAUCCGCCGCAGCCUCGUCGCCAAACAAGUGCUCACACACAGUCUUCUUCGGCCUAUUCACAAUUUUCGUAUCAUCCCGCCAGUCCUCCUGUACCUCCUGUGCCCACGAUCCCUCCACCGCCCCCCGCAAAUAACGCAACUAGCGCUGCGUACCUCAUGCCAGGACCCACGUAUGGCCACAGCCAAUAUCCUUCUGCCGCCUCGCAGCAGGCGUACGGUCACGAAGCCCGUGGUGCAACAUACAACUCUACAACACCCCACCAGCAAUACGCCACGGAUUACUCUGCGCAGAGCUUCAACGCGGAUUCUUACAAUGCUACUGGGCAUCUGGCUAUACCUAGCUCUUCCGCCCAGUAUGCCGACCCGUACGCUCUCAAUCCCACAUACGUGCAGUCGACACCUACGCAACAGCCAUACUUCCCCACAACGCAACAGCAGCAGUUCACUCCAGAGCGGGGUUACACACUCGGUGGCGAGGGCUAUGAUGCCUCGGGAGGAUUAAGCGCGCAGAAUCCUUACGCAGAUGUCGCGUUCUAUGCGCGUCACUCUGGCUCUAGCCACAUGACAUCGCCGUAUUCCCCGCUGCUGACGCCGUCUCCGUCCCAUAUCGACACAAACAUCGCCGCAGCUACUAGCCCCACUUCAGCGACCAAUUCCCACGGCCCGCGAACGACCAGGUCGCCCAGCGUGCCGCCGCGGUCACCGGCAUACGACGACCAGCCUCCGGUGUACGACAUUGCGACGGCACAGCCAGCAGGGCAGUACGACUCGAAACGCUAACGGACACUCCACGUGCAGUAACUUCUUUAUUGCUCUCUCUUCGCCUUAUGUUUGCCUUCCCGUCUUUGGAGACGCAUCGUAUACGCUUAUGUAAGUUACGUAUAUUUGAUACUCGCGAUGAGUUUCCAUGGACUUUCUCAGUAACGACUUAGUAACAUUAUUCUUCAAUUUUGGUUUUACGUCGACUAUAAUGACAUUGAGUUUAGCUAUAGUUC